AUGGCGCAGUACGGAUACGGUGAUCGCCAGAACCCCUUUGACCAGAGGGAUGGAGGCUCGGGAGGCUACGGUGGCCCUCCUCAGCAAGCCCCCUACGGCGGCGGGAACAGAUACAACAAUCAGGGACCAACUAUGGGUAGGGACCAAUACGGCGCCAACGUCGAGAUGGAAUCCCUCGCCCAGAACGCAAGCGGCUUCGGCCAAUCCGACCCCAACGCCAUCCUCAACGAGUGCCGCUCCAUCGACCAGGGCAUCGACCAGAUCGAGUCCAACCUGAACCAGCUGCGCAUGCUGCAGGAGCGCUCCCUCACUGACGCCGAUACCUCGGCCAACUCCUCCACCGCCCGCCAGCUCGACGCCCUCUCCUCCGAGACCAUGGCCAUGUACCGCUCCCUCACCGACCGCGUCCGCACAGUCAAGUCCAGCCCCGACGGCCAGUCGGCCCGGAACUCGCCCCAAGUCGGCCGCGUCGACCGCCGCCUCAAGGGAGCCAUCCAGCAGUACCAGCAGGUCGAGUCUGCUUUCCGCAAGCGCACCCAGGACCAGAUGGCCCGCCAGUACCGCAUCGUCCGUCCCGACGCCGACGAGCGCGAGGUCCGCGAGGCCGUUGAGGAUGCCGGCGCCGGCGCCCAGAUCUUCCAACAGGCCGUCAUGCAGAGCGGUCGCCAGGCCCAGGCCAACGCCGUCCUCAACGCCGUCCAGGACCGCCAGGCCGCCCUCCAGAAGAUUGAGCAGCAGAUGGUCGAGCUCGCCCAGCUCUUCCAGGACAUGGACGUCCUCGUCGUCCAGCAGGAGGCCGCCGUCACCCAGAUCGAGCAGAAGGGCGAGGAGGUCGUCGAGAACCUCGACAAGGGCAACCAGGAGAUUGGCGUCGCCGUCGAGACCGCCCGCAAGACCCGCAAGAAGAAGUGGUGGUGCCUGGGAAUCUGCAUCCUCAUCAUCGUCAUCAUCGCCGCCAUCGUCGCCGUCUAUUUCGCCAUCAUCAAGCCCGGCCAAACGGCUGCCGCGCCCGCCGCCACCAAGCGCGCCGUCGCCGUUCGCGGCCUCGAGCUGCCCGAGAUCUCCCUCACAGUGCCGGUUGACACGGGCGCCACGUCCCUGCACACCUUCAAGACGCCGAGCCGCGUCGUACGCCGCAUCGUCCAGCCGGGGGCGGGCUGGGAGCCCAACGCCAACGCGCAAGAAAUGUCCGUCGCCGACCGCUUCGGCCGCAAGGUCGACAUGCCCGCCGUCCAAAACUAA